UCGCGCUUCAUCUCGGAAGCCGCCAUUGAAGAAUCCCGCAAAGAGCGCGAAUCCGCCUGGCAAAAGGCCUACGACUCCCACCAACGGCCGCCACCAAGCGACGCCUCGUACGACACGCGCACACUCUACGAGCGGCUGCAGGAGCAGCGGCGGCUCAAAGACGACACCCUUGCCGAGUCCCGCCGCUUCGCCAACCAAAUUCGCAAACUCGACCCCGAAGAAACAGAGUUUCUCGAAACCGUAGAUGACGAGGAACGCGAGAAAACCGAAACCCAGAAAAGAUCUGAAUUGGCCGCGUUGGCUGCCUUCAGGGAG